AUGGAUGAACCAUAAGUAGUAAAAAUAAUUGUGGUUAGUGAAUCAAAUGCUGGAAAGACUUCAUUAUUAUAAUAAUAUUGUUUUAAAGGUUCAAUCAUAAUCUUUUAACAACAAUAGGUUGUGAUUUCACAUUAAAGUGGAUAACCUUAAAUGGGACUAAAUUAAAGUUGUAGAUUUGGGAUGUGGUUAGUAUGAUUUAAUUAAGCAAAGGGUUGUUUAAUUAUGUGCGACAUUACAAAUAAAAAAUCAUUAGAAGCUGCUUUGUCAUGGCGUCAUGUUGUAAAAGAUAUUGCAGAUGAAGUUCCUAUAUUCUUAAUUUAAAAUAAAACUGAUUUAUUAUAAGGUGAGAGAGAAGAAUACCAAACUGAAGAAUAUUUAAAUCAAUUUGGGCAACAAAACAAUUUUACUUGUUAUUAAAUAAGUGUUAAAUUAAAUGAAAAAGUAAAUUUGAUAUUUGAUGAGCUUGUGGAAGUAAUGAUAGAUAAAGGAGUAAUAAAAUUAGAAAAGAGUAUAAUUAAAAGGGAUUUAUUAAUUAAAAUGAAAGUUCAUUUAUAAUUAAAAAUGAAUGUAAUGAUCGAAAUAAAACAAAGAAAAAAGAAUGUUGUUGAAAAUUUAUAUCAUCUCUAUUACUAAUUUCUAUUAAUAUUUAAAAAACAUAAAAUCAAUAGUAUAAAUAAUAAUUAUUAUUUUGAAAUGAACUUUAUAAAUUAAAAAGAAUCCUAAUAAUUUAUAAUUUACUUUGAUUAUAAAAAUUCCUAACUUAAGUAUUCCAAUAAUUAUAGGUGUUGA